UCACCGCUAUGCUGUCGAACAGGUCUCAUCGACUCCUGGCGUUAGGGCUGACUUUAGCGUCUGUCGCCCAUGCCGGUAUACGCAAGUCAACUCCGGUGAUCGCGCGGGCCCCCGGCACUCCAUGGCCGCAGCCGCAAGUCCUCACGAAAGUGAACAAACUUUUCGAAAUCCAACCGCACAAUUUUUUCUUCCACGCAGACUCAAAAUGUGACAUAAUUCAAGAGGGAAUCAAUCGGUAUUGGAACCUGAUAUUCUCGCGCGACACCUCGGCUAAGCUCAAGAAAACCAAUCUCAUCAGUCUGCAAGCUCUGCACAUAAGAGUCGACAAUGACAUCAAUGACUGCGAAUACCCCCAAGAUGGCAUGAACGAGAAUUAUACGUUAAGCAUCCUCGGUAGCAAAGCCAUACUGGACGCUCCAUCCCCUUGGGGAGUUCUUCGCGGUCUCGAAACCUUCUCCCAACUCAUUUACGAAGAUGGGCAGUCCGGUGCGUAUCUGAUCAAUGCGACCCAAGUGCGAGAUUGGCCUCGUUUCGGAUUCCGCGGGAUACUUCUGGACACGGGUCGACACUUCCUCCCCAUGGGCGUUCUGAAGAAGAACUUGGAAGCCAUGGCCUUCAACAAAUUCAACGUUUUCCACUGGCACAUCGUGGACGAUCAAUCCUGGCCCCUCCAGCUGCGGAGAUUCACGAAUCUCACGGACGCGGCUUUCCAUCCGAAACUCGUUUACUCCCAAGAGAACAUCCGAGAAAUUAUCGAAUUCGCGCGGCUCAGAGGGAUCCGAGUUCUCCUGGAAAUUGACACCCCGGGUCAUUCGACGGCUUUAACAAAAAUUCUCCCGGAUGUUGCUACACCUUGCGAAGAAGGAGCGGCAACCCUGAACGUUGCUCGCGAUUCCACCUAUGAGGUGAUCCGUUCAAUCAUCGGAGAGCUCAAAGGACUCGUCGCCGACAAGUUUCUCCACCUUGGGAUGGACGAAGUGGACUAUACUUGCUGGAAGAACAGCUCUGAGAUAACUGACUUCAUGAAGCGAGAGAAUCUCAAAACCUAUCCACAAGUCGAACAAUUCUAUGUUCAGAAAACGUUGAAUAACGUUCGGAAACUUGGGACCAAGUACAUAAUUUGGCAGGAUCCAAUCAACAAUGGCGUCAAGCCGGCUCCCGAUGCUAUCGUGGGCGUUUGGUUGGAUCAUUAUGCGAGCAGGGAUGGCCCAAGGCACGGGUACAAGAUAAUUCUUUCCGCACCGUGGUACUUGAAUUACAUCAGCUAUGGAGAAGAUUGGCCGAAGUUCUACAGCACAGAACCGACAGAGUACCCUGCGGUCGAACCGGAAAAAGACCUGAUUAUCGGAGGUGAAGCUUGUAUGUGGGGCGAGUACGUGGACGCUACCAACGUUUUCCCGCGACUUUGGCCUCGAGCGUCAGCUGUCGCGGAACGGCUCUGGUCCGCGCAGGCUGUCAACAAUGUCGAUGAAGCCCGACCUCGUCUGCACGAACAGCGAUGCCGGAUGAUGGGACGCGGAAUUCCAGCCGAGCCGCUAUACAUCGGUACUUGCGGCGAAAUCGAUGCCGUCUACUGAUCGUCGACGUCGAUUGUCCGACUGAUGCGAACUCUUCGCCAUCAAUGAUCAAUAUUGCUCAGGGAAGCCUGGGGGCGGGAGAUUUUCCUCCAGUGACCAGAGCCUAUGGAAUAAAGGUGCUGAUUCCAGGGCACGACGACGA